UCUCCAUCAAAGUCCAUACCUAUCUAACUCGUCCUUCUUCCCCUCGCUCUGCUUCCGCUCCGCUCUUGGAAAAACCACUCGCAUUUCUCUUCUUUUCGAUUCUCGAAAGACCUUGCUAAUAUGACGAAAAGCUACCCAGUUGUGAGUGAGGAAUACAAGAGGGCCGUCGAGAAAUGCAAGAGAAAGCUCAGAGGCUUGAUUUCUGAGAAGAACUGUGCUCCUCUCAUGCUCCGUCUCGCAUGGCACUCGGCUGGAACAUUUGACGUCUGUUCCAAGACAGGAGGUCCCUUCGGUACCAUGAGGUUCUCUGCCGAGCAAGCUCACGGUGCCAACAACGGCAUCAACAUUGCCCUUAGUUUGUUGAAGCCCAUCAAGGAGCAGUUCCCAACGAUCUCUUUUGCUGAUUUCUACCAGCUUGCUGGUGUUGUUGCUGUUGAAGUAACGGGCGGUCCUGAAGUUCCUUUCCACCCUGGCAGAGAGGACAAGCCCGAGCCACCUCCGGAGGGUCGUCUUCCAGACGCAACCAAGGGCUCUGACCACUUGAGGGAUGUCUUCAUCAAGCAGAUGGGCCUGUCUGACAAGGACAUUGUUGCCCUCUCUGGUGGCCACACCCUGGGGAAGUGCCACAAGGACAGGUCUGGUUUCGAGGGACCCUGGACUGCUAACCCUCUCAUCUUCGACAACUCCUACUUCAAGGAACUGCUUAGCGGAGAGAAGGAAGGGCUUCUUCAGCUUCCCUCUGACAAAGCUCUUCUGUCCGACCCUGUCUUCCAUCCUUACGUCGAGAAAUACGCUGCUGACGAGGAUGCAUUCUUUGACGAUUAUGCCGAAGCUCACUUGAAACUAUCUGAGCUCGGGUUCGCCGACGCUUGAGAAGGGUCACACCCACAUCUUUCUAUAUCCCCCGGUGCUUAUUGUUUCACCAAAUGAAGUUGGAGUGUUCCCCAACUCCAUCUAUAUUUUUGCUGUUUCUCAGGAUAUUUUUUUAGGAAAUUAUUGUAAUCCAAAGUUUUCAAAAGCGUCGUUGGAUUCAGAUAGUUUGCUCCAUUUGUUAGAAAGGGUUCCUGAAAAACAGAAGAUAACGGCACUAACAACCGAUUUGCAUCACGUGUUUCGUGGAA